GUGUUUGUGUAUGCGAGUGUGUGUGAGUUUGUGUAUCCACUAGAGCCACUGAGCCCUGGACAGAGGUUGGUUUUACAGGAGUUCUUGGAAUUAGGCUUUGCUGCCCCAUCUCAGGACUAUCAUGACCAGGGAGCUUGUAGCACGGGAACAAUGAAAGGGGUAUACUGUCACAUUCUACUUGCUGUUGACGUUGGAUAUUUGAUGGACAUUACUUUCACUAUGGAAAUAGGCUUGAAGGAUCUGCUUUGAGGUCCACAGUGGAAGUUGUUGAGGCACACUCCACACCCUGGCUGCUUAUGAAAGGUGCAGGGAUUACUUUACCACAAUGAGCAUAUUGCAAAUCUCUACCAGUCAACAUUGAUAUACCAUGGAGAAGAGAUGAUCCUGUCCAUCUGCGGAUAAACAAAUAUAAUCAAAGAUCAUGGGGAAUUCGUACGCAGGGCAGCUGAAGUCUGCCCGCUUCGAAGAAGCUCUGCAUAACUCUAUAGAGGCCUCACUGAGAUCGAGCAGCGGCGACCCACAGCCCGUAUUCACCCAGCUUUAUCUCGAGCCCGAUCAGUAUCCUAGCAACCUGGAAGAUAUUAAACCCAAAAUGGACCUGAGCCUCAGGUCUGACCCUUCCAGCCAUGUGCUGGUGAACUGCCAGUCCUCUAAUUGCAUUGAUGAGAUGGAUGACGAGGAUGAAUCGGACACCAGCAGUCCACCCCUGCCUUUCCUACAGGGGCCGGCUCUUGAUGGCUGCUGCACUAUGGAUGGAUUUUGUCAAGCAGGAAAGGACCUUCGCCUGGUUUCCAUGGCAACAGAGUCCAUCGAGGUUCCUGUAGGGUUCGAGCUGGUCGGUGCCAAAUCGCCCAGCAUCCCAGAGCACAUCCUUGUCUGUGCAGUCGACAAGCGCUUCCUGCCAGAUGAGAAUGGGAAAAAUGCACUUUUAGGAUUUUCAGGUAACUGUGUGGGCUGUGGUGAAAAAGGGUUUCGAUAUUUCACCGAGUUCUCCAACCAUAUCAACCUGAAGUUAUCCACUCAGCCGAAGAAGCAGAAGCACUUAAAGUACUACCUGGUGAAAAACACUCAGGGUGCUCUGUGCAAGGGAGCUCUCAUCUGCUGGAAAGAUUGUAAGACAAGGCCGUUCUCAAGCAGUGCUGCUUCAUCCAAACCAAGUUCCUCUUCCUCACUAAGCAGCAAGGAAAAUGGGGACACAAAUGGCCAUAGCCCUUCUUUAUUCCCUCUCUCAGACUCUCCUCCAGCUCGCAUUCCAUCCAGUUCAUCCUCAGGGAUUUUUGGAACACCAGAUCUGGGCUUCCUCAAACCACUGAACACACCGACCCACGGGACCAAAACUUUACCGAUUGUUCCCACAGCCCUGCGAGUUAACGGUUUGACUAAUGGUUUAAGUUUGGACGGACGGUCCAAUCUACUGAGCCCCCCUCAUACAAACCCACUCGGCACACCUAGUCAUGGUUAUCGGACCACAGAACCAGGGGACAGCCCAGCAUCCUCUGCUAUGACAUCAGGUCCACCCAAAAAGCGUCACCGCAGCUGGCACCCCACCACUCUAGUGCCCGUCCCAGCCACGGCUGUCCCUGUGCCAGCCAUCCGGCCGCUAACGUGCAGCUCAGGUUCUUUGUUGGCCCUGUCCAGUCAACAGCCUCCGACAGUGUCAGGGGUCAUACAGCCCCAGCCAAUCACAGCAGGAGAAACUGUCAUCAUCCCUGACAACCUUCUGAACACUUCUGGGGUCCGGCCAGUUCUUCUUAUUGGUCAAGGCACUUUACCGUACUUUUUUGGCAAUGUGGGCGAUCUGGUUGUGAGCCCCCUGCUGGUGAGCUGCUAUAAGGGCAGGGAGCUGAAUGAGAAGACACUCGCCAGUCUGGGCAUGUCAGCCAGCCAGUUACUCACAACUGAGACUAUGAUACUUCUUACACUGCAGUACCUUGCUCGAUUGGGUACAGAGCAGAUCCCACUUCGGGAGGAAUUCGAGCAGAUUGUUUUGAAGGCCAUGCUGUGUGGGCCGAUAGGGCCGCCCGUGUCUCCUGCACAGCUGCCCUGGUUGGCUCGAAUGGAGGCCAGUGUUUCGGGGGGCAGCGUUCAGGUGCUGGUUACCCACGGCUCUCUCGGGGAGGGCAUCUCCGAGUCCCUGCGCUCGCUGAGCGAAACUCCACCACAGCAACAACAGUGUCUGCCCAACUACGUACUCAUUAUCUGCACCUCCAAAAGCGGAGCUAAUGAGUUUUGUGUGCUAGUGCUGGGUAAAUAUCAAUCCCGAGCCUUGGCUGAAAGCAUGCUUACUACCAAUGAGUUUCUGAAGGAGAUCAGUUAUGAGCUCAUCACAGGGAAAGUCAGUGUUCUCGCCUCUCACUUCCAAAGCACCUCAUUAGGUGACAACUUGGACAAACAGCUUGUUCGGUAUCAACGCAAACGCAAAGACCGGGUGGUUCAGCCUUUUCAGGGACAUCUCACUGAGUACAUCCACUCCCAAGAAGCUGCUGCUAUGAUACCAGAAUCAGGUCCAGAUGUACUCAGCGAUAGCUUUCAGAUAUACCCUCCACAGUUGAGCGUGGCACGCAGCCUUCUGUCACAGGUGUGCGCUAUUGCCGACUCGGGCAGCCAGAGCUUGGAUCUGGGACGCUUUUGCAAAGUAGACUUUCUGAUCUUGGUCCCACCCUCCCAUGUGCUGGUGCACCAAACAGUCCAGCGCAUACGACAAUCAGGUGUCUUGAUAGAUCUCGGUAUAGAGGACGCGCCAUUAGCCCAACAGAAAUCUGACAAGUACGUUGUGCGUCUGGAUGCGGAGGUACACUCAAAAAUGGAGGCGUUUAUGAAGAAAGUCAAGCAGAAUCCUUACACACUCUUCGUCCUUAUUCACGACAACUCACACGUCGACCUGACCAGUGCCCUGUCAGGGUCCGUCUGUCACGGGGAACUGCAGGGAUUGGCAGACCGGGUGGUGAACUGUCCAGAGGUCCUGGAAGCAAUAAACCUGCUGGUCCUGCAGGUCAGCUGUUUUCCCUUCACCCUGCAGAGCCGGCAGUCGCGCAUCAGUACCCAGAACGAAGUGCACUGGCCCGACACUCAGACCCUGCAGGGUGAAGCUUCUCCUAAAGAUUUGGUCUACUUUGGGUUAAAGGAUUACAGUCAGUCACUGCAGUGGGGGGUUGCGAGUCCAAUUCUCCGAUGUGAUGACGCAUUUGAGCGGAUGGUCAAAACCCUUCUGGAGAGGCACCCACACCUGCACAGUAUGGUGAUCCGCAGCUACCUGCUCAUUCAGCAGUACACUGAGGCUCUGAUGGCCCUCACGGCAGCCCCCUCACUGCGGGACCACGUGACCCCUCAGACCCUCGCCAUGGUGGAGGAUCUGCUGAGCGUGCCCGGUCGCAGCAGGCACGGGUGCGGCCACAUGCUGCUGGUGCGCGUGCCAUCGCUGCAGCUGGCACGUCUGGCACAGGAGCGGCUAGAGGAGGCCCGGGACAAGCUGGGAUUGCAGUACCGAUUUGCUGUGCUGCUGGGCAGCCCCGCUGCUGAAAUCAACCUACCUGUCCACUUCUGUGCCCGCCUGCGGGCUUGGCGGGGCUGUAAAAAUGAAGAGUGGGUCCCACACACAUAUGAAGAUCUGGAGGGACUUCCGUGCAUUGUCAUCCUCACUGGAAAAGAUCCUCUAGGAGAGAGCUUCCCAAGGUCUUUGAAGUACUGUGACCUGAGGUUGAUUGACUCCAGCUACCUGACCCGUACGGCACUCGAGCAGGAGGUGGGUUUGGCCUGCUCGUACAUCACACGCAGUGUGAUACCUGAGACCAAAACUAUGGGAGGCAGGGAGGAGAGACAGAGAGAGCACGAGAGGAGCUCAGGAGAAAUACCAGAACAUGAUGAACUUCAGAUGGAGCUGGAGAGACCACCCAGUAAUGCCAGCGCUGCUACCAGAACCUCUGGCUCCACUACUGAAAAUGGCGUCAGUUCCUCAAGUGUGCUCGACAAACCCUCCUCCCACAGUGACCCGGCCAAUAGCAGCAGAGGGUUACUGGACUCGUGCACUUCUCCCACUCGCUUCAAGCAGGAAUGUGACUCUCAAGCGCCGGGCUCUUUAGCCACGCCCUCUUUCUCAUCCGCUUCCUCGUCCUCUUCUUCUUCCUCCUCUCCGGCGGCUCAGAGACCGAGUCAGUCCACCCAGGCACCGCGUGAAGGGAGCAAGACACAUGUCUUCCCCAGGACGGCUGUGCUCUCCCGUGCGGCCUAUGCCCUGCUGGCUCCGGAAGCAUUGGGUCAACCCAGUUCAGCGUCUCUGUUACCCCAUGCUGACGUGUCUUGGAGCAGCCCUCUCAGACCGCCUGUUCCUCACGGCCUAGGCGGAGCAGAGCAGUCCCUGUAUUAUCGGCAGUGGACCACAGCUAGGCAGCACCAUGCAGAUUAUGAAGGGCCUGCUGUGCUGCAUCCCAGACGGCUGCUGCUGAGCGGACCGCCACAGGUGGGAAAAACCGGCGCGUAUCUGCAGUUUCUGCGGAUUUUGUUUCGCAUGCUGAUCCGCCUGCUGGAGGUGGAUGUUUAUGAUGAAGAAGAGCUGGAUGAGGACGUGCCUGAUACCUCCAAAGAUCCUCCUGCAAGUGGGCCGCAGUGGCCCGAUGUUGAGGACGUCCGUAAAAUGCGAUUCGACCUUUAUCCACGUGACUACAAGUUCAGUCAUGCAAGCCCUGUGUAUACAGAGGGGACACCAAAGACACUAAAUGGAGUGAAAAUAGAGAGGUUAGAGACAGAAGAGGAGACACCGAAGAGAAACACAGUGUCGGUCAGGCUAAGCAUGUUCGCGGCCCAUAAUGCCUUUCAUCACUGUGAGCAGUGUCAUCAUUACAGUGAGCCGCCUCCUGCUACUCAGCUGUCUGAAUGUACCUUCCAUGCCUUCACGUUCUGCUCAUCCAUGCUGGGAGAGGAAGUCCAGCUGCACUUUAUCAUCCCCAAAACCAAAGAGCAUCAUUUUGUCUUCAGUCAGCAGGGCAGUCACCUGGAGAGCAUGCGGCUCCCAUUGCUCUCUGAUAAGGAGUCUGGCAUGUUGAAAAGUCCCAUCUUCACCCCCACCACGGGUCGUCAAGAGCACGGUCUUCUCAACAUCUACCAUGCCAUGGAGGGAGUCGAACAUCUGCACAUCCUGGUGGUUAAGCAGUAUGAAAUGCCUCUCUACAGGAAAUACUGGCCCAACCACAUCCUUCUGGUGCUGCCUGCUAUGUUCAACAACUCGGGUGUUGGGGCGGCUCGCUUCAUGAUCAAGGAGCUGUCCUACCACAACCUGGAGCUGGAGAGGAACCGGCAGGAGGAGCAGGGUGUCAGACGCCAGGACGUCUGGCCCUUUAUCAUCAUGAUGGAUGAUUCAUGCGUCCUAUGGAACGCCCAUCAACCUGGACCUGAAGGCAUGAGUGAGAUGAUGAAUGUGUCACUGAAGAGCGUCUUACAGCAUUUGGAGACCACUCCAAAGAUCUCGCUUUAUGCCAUGUGCGGCCUUCAGAAGUGGAGCAGUAGUUUGUCUUCUCGACCUCACGGGAUGUCUUUCUCUCGUUGUCACCUCCAUGACCUCAUCAUGCUGAAUGUUGACCUCACCCAGAAUGUUCAGUAUGACCUAAACCGGUUUACGUGUGAAGAGGUGGACUUUAACCUGAGGGCAAACAGCAGUGGUCUUCUGUUGUGUCGUUUUAAUCACUUCAGCAUCAUGAAGAAACACAUCCCCAUAGGAGGACAUAGAAACUUCCAUAUCAAGCCUAAACUUAUGAGGAUGGAGACCCCUGUGCACGUAAGUGCAUCUCAAUACGUCUGCGCCCCGGACAGUGAACAGACGCUGCUGUCUGCUCCUGCUCAACUCCUGCUGGAGAAGUUUUUGCAGAACUGCAGCCACCGUCUCUUUCCUCUGGCUCUCUGUAACAGCUCAAACCCAGUGUUGUCUAUCGACAGCUAUCUCAGUCUCGGCCCAGAGAUUCAGGUAUGUUACGUCAGCUCUCGGCCUCACUCGGUGAAUGUGGAUCAUCAGGGACUCGUCUUCAGCGGGUUAUUGCUUUACUUGUGUGACUCCUUUGUAGUUUCAAACCUUCUAAAAAAGUUCAACUUUCUGAAAGGCGCCACAUUGUGCGUCAUCUGUCAGGACCGGAGCUCUUUGCGUCAGACAAUUGUUCGUUUGGAACUAGAAGACGAAUGGCAGUUUCGUCUGCGGGAUGAAUUUCAGACGGCCAACUGCAGUGAGGAUCGGCCACUUUACUUUCUAACAGGACGCCACAUUUAGUCAUCUACAUUGUAUCGAUCAAUUAAAUGACAGUCGAGGGAAUCCAAAGAAACAAUGUUUUCCUGACAUCAAGAUUAGGAUGUGAGAAAUUACUGGAACUGAGCUUUUCUACAGUAAGGAUUUCUCCUCAACGUGGGCUCGCCACUCGGCUCUACCUCGGAUGUUGGACACAUGCCUUGUGUGUUCGCCUUUUUUUACAUUUUUGGAAAAUCUUCGAUGACUUUGUUGGAGAUUUACGCGCGAAGGACGACUUCUGAAUGAUUGUAAAUGUUCCUAUAUGUUCUUACGGACAUAUAUGUAAUCUCAGGGUUUUUUGUCUUAAGACAAAAAAAGGACUACUGCUAUUCCUUCUCUAUCGCCUAUUUUAUGUAUAAUUGUUUCCUCCAAAGACUUUAAAUUCAAGAGCGAAGAUCUUCUGGAUACUUUUAUCUUGCCAAAGAUAUCAACCGACGUAAUCAAAAAUACUCAUCAUGUUCUCUUGAGAAUUGUCAGCUCAUCCGUUUCAAAGUUCAAUUGCUGAUUACUACAUCCUCACAUGAAACAAGAGUCAUUUUAUGACCUUCUCAUUCCCCGAUGUCUGCUUAUGUUGAUUGUAAUGCUCAUUGGUACUACUGAUGGCCUAAAAACCUCGCUGGUUUGAUUUGAAUCUGAUUGCUGGUCUUUAGCUGCUCUCCCAGCCUGAUCAGCCCACAAAACCAUUGUAAAACGACCAAAACAGACCACUGGUAUACUGGUUUAAGCUGUUAUUAACAGCAGGGAUGUGGCUGAUGGUUUUGUUUUUUACCAAUUUAUUCAGAAUCUGUAGUUAGCAUCUAGUCAUUGUCAUAUUUUGCUAAAACAUUCCUUAUUUUGAAGUAGCUGGGAAUGUUUAGAGUUGCACACCAUAAAUGCCUUAAGUUGUAUGACCCUGAUGACAUCACAAUCCCAAACUUCACUCCGAAAGCGACUGCGAACAUCGGUGUUAGUUGAAAGCCAAAUGCUCAAUUCAUCUGACUUUCAUAGAGACUUUAAAUGUUUGGGGUUGGUUUAUGAAAGGGAAUAUAUUUAGGUGUUAAGAACUUUAUGGAUGUUUAAAGAAAAGCUUUGUUUACAUUUUAAGAAAUCCCGAUAUUAAUAUAUUUCACAGAUAUUUUUGUCACUUUGGAUUCUGGCUAGUUUUACAGAAAAGUCACUUUGAGCCAUAUGUGUCACGGAUAACCGGUGUCCUUUCUUUAUUCCAUGGCACAAAGAAUCUACCUAAGAUUUUGGAUUUUAAGGACGCUUUAGUUUCAGGUGAUUUAUUUAAAGUGAGAAAAAAAGCGCAUCCCUUUUUUGAGGGAGUUUUCUUAUUUAUUGAAGAUUAGCUUCACGGACCGAUAAUCAUUUAAAAAUCUUGAAUGCUUAGCUAGGUGAGUCUUUAAAAGCUUUGCACACGACCAUUAAAUCUGUGUAUAGAUGUUGUAUUACAAAUGUAGUGAUGCAAACACGAAAAUGUGGUUUACAUAUGCCAGUAUGAACCUACUGGAUUGUUUGAAAUAAAAUGCAUCAGGUCCUAUUUUGAUAUUGAUUGUAAUGAAGAAAGCCAAAUGCCCACUUGACAACCUUAAGAAUGUGUCUCAUUUGUAGAUAAAUUAUGCAAUUUGCUUCUCACAAUCUUUGCCUCUUUUCUGUCAGCUGUGAAUAGUCUCGAUGUAUGUAGCACCGAACCAUUUGAAAACUUCUACCUCAUGAUCUACUGGCUUUGGUUUAGUAAACAUGAAAACAUGUUCUUCUUGUUAUGGAGAUAAAUGAAUGUAAUAAAAAGUGUUAUCAACAACUGAA